CACCCACUCGCCAUCAGUAAAAACGAGCAAUGCUACGUCACCCACACAUUUCGGCGAGGCACUUUCGACUCGACGUAGUCCUUUGGAAUUCUGCCACUGAAACAUCUGGAACGGCCGGCGUCUUAACAUCCAUCAAAAGCCACGAUGCCGAACUGGGGUGGAGGCAACAAGUGCACGGCGUGCGGCGGGAUGGUGUACCAUGCAGAAGAGGUGCAGUGUGACGGCAAGAGCUUCCACAAGAGCUGCUUUCUCUGCAUGGUAUGCAGGAAAGGCCUGGAUAGUACCACGAUGGCCAUUCACGACCGAGAGAUCUACUGCACGUCGUGCUACGGCAAGAAGUACGGUCCAAAAGGCUACGGCUACGGCCAGGGUGCCGGCACGCUCAACAUGGACAAAGGGGAGCGACUGGGAAUCAAACCUGAGCAGUCGUCAUGUCACAGGCCCACCACUAACCCGAACCCGUCCAAAUUCGCCCAGAAGUUCGCAGGAUCGGAAAAAUGCGGUCGUUGUGGCGACUCCGUGUAUGCAGCGGAAAAGAUUAUGGGCGCGGGCAAGCCGUGGCAUAAGAACUGCUUCCGCUGUGCCAAAUGCGGCAAGAGCCUGGAGUCCACCACCCAGACGGACAACGAAGGAGAAAUCUAUUGCAAUGGUGACCUUGCUAUGCCAAGAACUUUGGCCCGAAAGGAUUCGGUUUUGGUCAAGGAGCAGGCGCUCUGGUCCACGCCGACUGACAACGCCGUCGCCUCAACUUGUUUGCUUUUAAUCCUUCUCAAAUAAAACACUUCAUCCCCCAAAAUAAAAGUUCACAUCUGA